AUGUCUUCGUUUGCGCCAACCACAAGCAAAGUUCUAUCAUCACGCAGCAAUGUCGCCUCCAACUACGAUAAACCCGGAGCCGUGUUCUUUCCUGGAAUUGAAAAGAUAGUGUAUCGGCCAGAUGCUGGUCCAACAGAAACAAUGGUUUUCAAGCAUUAUGAUGCAUCUAAAGUUGUUUAUGGACGAACCAUGGAGGAAUGGCUUCGUUUUUCUGUCUGUUUUUGGCAUACAUUUCGAGGAACUGGUGCUGACCCAUUUGGUUUCCCAACUUUAAUGAGACCCUGGGAUGAUAAUACCAAUUCAAUGGAAAAUGCUCAACGAAGACUACGAGCAGCAUUUGAAUUCUUCUCCAAGCUGGGAAACAAAUACUGGACAUUCCAUGAUAGGGAUAUUGCUCCAGAAGGUGCUGAUCUUGCAGAAACAAACAAAAGUUUAGAUGAAAUGAGUGACUUAGCAUUGGAACUUCAACAAAAGACUGGAGUGAAAUUACUUUGGGUCACAUGCAACUUAUUUGCUAAUCCCAGGUACAUGACUGGGGCCAGCACCAGCCCUAAUGCACAUGUCUUUGCCUAUGCUGCUGCACAAGUGAAAAAAGGACUGGAAAUUGCUAAGAAACUGGGAGCUGAAAAUUUUGUUUUUUGGGGAGGACGUGAAGGAUUCCAGACAUUGCUUAACACAGAUGUCUUAUCUGAGCUCAAUCAUAUGGCUAACUUUUUCAAAAUGGCUGUGGCCUACAAAGAAAAGAUUGGAUUCACUGGUCAGUUGUUGUUGGAGCCUAAACCCAAAGAGCCAACAUCUCAUCAGUAUGAUUAUGAUGCAAUGACUGUUAUUGCUUUCCUCAAGCAUUUUGAAUUAGCAAAGCACUUCAAGAUUAAUGUUGAGCCUAACCACACAACAUUAGCUGGUCAUUGUUAUGAACAUGAUAUUGUCAUGGCUUCAGCGUUUGGAAUGUUAGGUUCUGUUGAUUCAAACACUGGUUCACCUGAUCUUGGUUGGGAUACUGAUGAAUUCCCAAUGGAUGUCAAAAAGACAACAUUAGUCAUGAAGACAAUCCUGGAACAAGGAGGAAUCCAACCUGGUGGUUUGAACUUUGACUGCAAAGUACGCCGUGAAUCUACUCAUUUAAAUGAUAUGUUUAUUGCCCAUAUUGGAGCUAUGGAUUCUUUUGCUCGAGGACUUCUUGCAGCGGCAAAAAUUCUUCAGGAUGGUGUCAUUCCUGCUUUUGUCAAAAAUCGUUAUAGCAGUUACAUGUCAGGUAUUGGCCAGAAGAUAAAUGAUGGCACUACAACAUUUGAGGAACUUGAAGCAUAUGUGCUGACCAAUGGUGAACCUGAAGUUGUCUCUGGACAGCAAGAACAUUAUCAAUCAAUGCUCAGCCAUUAUGUCUAA